AUAAAUUUGAUGCAGAUGUGAAAAAUCACAAAAAAUGUCUGGAAAAACUACAGAGCAUCAAAAUUCACCUAAGUCGUCAUGGCUUUUACCAUCAAGGAAAUUGUUGGAACAAUCAAAAGCUUGGGUUUUUACUGGUUUUGCUUAUGGAACUGCAGUAGCACUAGGUGUUCUUUAUUUUACAGAAUUCAAAACUGUUUUAAAAUAUCUUCCAUAUUACAAUUUGGGGUAUGCAACAGAAAUACAACCUGCCCCCAAACCACCAAGCAAACAAGAACAAGAAGAACAAGUAAAUUCCGAAAACACUCCCGAAGAUAGGAGUAAUGAAAAUGAUAAUAGCAGCAAUGGUAACGAAAAUACCAGUGUGAAAAAUACAAGUUACUCAAAGAAAUAUCACAAGAAUAUUCAUUAA